AUGGCAACAUGGCAUCAAUUCAGUGCAGAAUACAGUGAUGAUAACAACAGCAGCUCAGAUGAAGAAGAUGGUUAUGAUGCAGAUGAUGAUGUUGAACAACAAGAUGCAGAACAUGUUUAUGGCAGACAACAAAGAGAAAUGACAGUGGAAGAAAAGAGGAAUCUUGUUGAUGAGAUCAUGCUCAAUAUGGAGGGGGACUCUUUGCCAAGAGGAUUUUUAUCAAACUUGGCUAGAAAGCAUUAUGUGCAUAGAUCAACAACAACAAGAUGGUUUAAGGUAAUUAAACAACACAUGCUAGAAGGAAAUGGUGUAGAUGUUAGGACAAAGAAAUUAGGUACUUGUGGUAGAAAACAAAAGGAAUACACUGAUGAAUUCUUAACAUCAAUCCCUUUGUACAAGAGACAAACUGAAAGAGGGUAUGCUACAACCCUUCAUAUUUCUAAGUCUGCAAUUCAUAGUUUAAGGAAAAGGGGAAGACUAAGAACACACACAAGCACAAACAAACUAGCACUGACUGACAAUCAUAAAAUAGCAAGACUGAAAUGGGUUCUCAGUCACAUUACCCCUAUUCCUGCAGAAGGGGACCCUUCUUUUGUUGAUAUGCAACAAUGGAUACACAUUAAUGAGAAGUGGUUUUUCAUAAACCCAGAAACAAGAACAUUUUAUCUUUUACCAGCAGAAGAAAAUCCAUACAGAGCACAGCAGUCAAGGAGAUUUAAGGUGAAGGCAAUGUUUAUGGGCAUGGUUGGGAAACCAUUGUAUGAUGAGAACAAACAAUUACUACAUGAUGGUAAGUAUGGUCUAUUUCCCUUUGUCAAGUAUGAGCAAGCAAAGAAAAAAAGCAAAAACAAAGACAAGGGUACAAUUGAAGCUAAGGCAGUGCAGAGCAUAAACAAAGAAGCUAUAAGGGACAUGCUACUAAACCAUGUGUUGCCAACAAUACAUGCACAAUGGCCUCCCCAACUGCCCAAGGACAUCACAAUUCGGUGGGACAAUGCUAGGCCUCACCAAAUACCACAAGAUGAAGAAUUUCAGGAAGCAUGUCAAGCAUAUGGGUUCAACAUCAAGUUUAUUUUUCAACCAGCAUAA